AUGUUAACGUACUUGUGUGGAACAGAAUCAGUUAUAGUAGCCAAGAAACAGUCGUACCAUAUAGAACAGGUGGAUUCAGAGUCAGGACUGUCAAAAAAAUCAAUAGGAGGCAUGACCAAAGUUUCUGAGCAUCCAAUAGUUAGUUUACAGGUUGCGAUUUUCUUGGAGAUCCUGGAACUUAAACAACGAAUAAAUAUUCUUGAAACUGAAAGAGAUAAUUCCGUGCGUUAUGGGUUGGUGCUGAUACCAAAGCAUGGAAAGGCUUCAGAUACAGAUGGCAAGAAUUUUAUUAAAGGCACUUCGCAGCACGCCAAAGGAGCCUUGUACUGUGAACAUGGCUGCAAAAGUCUAGAAAUAUACAAGAUUGCCAAAGAUUGGAAUCGUUUGAAAUGCAUGUCUGUCAAUAGAUGGCCCAAACUUAUGCACAAUAAUAUUCACAAGUACGAUAAAAGCAAUCUAAAAUGGAAGUGGGCAGCCCGUGUUCACGACAUUUUAUCAAGACAAAUAACUGAUAACAGCAUUACAAAUGGAGUCGAUAUUAUCAAAUAUAUAGAUUUUAUUCAGUCAAUGGAAUGGAAAUCAUCUCUUAAUUGCUACAGAAUGGUAAAGACAACGUAUGGUUUAGAAAAAUACUUGUUGGAUGCCAAUGACUUCAUUGGAUCUAUUGGACUAAGAGGACUUCAAGGACCUCAGGGAAUCCGAGGUUCUGAUGGCCGAGAUGGUAGAGAUGGGAUGCCAGGCCUUCCAGGGGUGCCAGGGUCGGCAGGACCAAGAGGAACAAAGGGGGAGAAAGGUCUGAAUGGUUUAAUGGGACCACCUGGACCCCAAGGAUUUCCGGGACAGAAGGGUGAUCGAGGUGUUGAUGGCCCACCGGGUGACGACUGCACCUUAAACAACACAGCUAUCUCCGUCAUGCUGGAUGUCUUAUUCCGUGCAAAUACUCAUGUCCCUGAAUCAUCAACCCGUCAACCAGCUUUGCAGAACAUUGCGAAUGUUCUAGGAGGUGGAGGCACAAUGUAUGUCCGGUGGGGUCGCACAACAUGUCCUACAGCGGACACAGGGGCAAAACUGGUAUACGAUGGUAUAAUUGCUAGUGGGUACUUUUCGCACGCUGGUGGGGGUGGAAACUACCUGUGUUUACCAAAAGAUCCGGAGUGGGGAAAUUACAAGGACGGACAUCAGUUGAACGCUUACAUCUACGGCGCUGAAUACGAAGUAGCUGCGUUUAAUCCAUUCUCCACGGACAAUGCGGAAGAUUUGCACAACCACGAUGCACCGUGUGCAAUUUGCUACGUGCCAAAGAGGAGUGUGAAGUUAAUGAUUCCGGCCAGGAAGUCGUGCCCCGAAAAUUGGACACGAGAAUAUCAUGGGUAUAUUGUCUCAUCCCACUACCAAGCCCAUCGCUCUGAAUAUAUAUGCGUUGAUGAAGCCCCCGAGACGCGCCAGGGUACCUAUACAAAUACAGAAGGAGUCCGCCUGAACCCAGUCGAAGGUAGCUGCGGCAGUCUGCCUUGCUCGCCGUAUGUGAACGGUCGCGAAUUGACAUGUGUCACCUGUACUAUUUAAAGGAAGCUUAAACGACACCAUUAGGCCUAUAACACAAUUUAACAAACAUAGUCUCCUACUUAUAUUUUUCGUAUUAUUAUUAUUAGGCCUAUUGUUAUUAUUAUUAUUUACAUUUUGUGUUAAAUAUCUUGGAUACUUACUUGAUAACGAUCUCAAUGAUAAAGCAAUGGCCAUGUCUAUUAUUUAAAAAAUCAAUGGCCAUUUCAAAUUUUUAUGCCGUAAUAUUAAAGUCCUUGAUCAAAGGACUUGGAAAUUAUUAUGUAAUGCUCUUAUCCAAAGUCACCAAGAUUAUGCUUCCACUUCGUGUUAUCCUAAUCCAAAACCAGACUGUUCGUUUUUUUCCCCCAAGAAAUGGUUCACGUGACCAUAUGGGUAAAAUUAAACUAGACAUUGGAUAUUUACAGGGUGGAACUGUUACAAAUAUCCUUGCAUGAGUAACCACUUUGAAAGAAUUAAUAGUUUCCACAAUUAUCACACUAGGAAUAGUCAGUUAAACUUUAGGGUUCCCUCAGUCUGCAAUUGGUAAAUGCAAUACCACUUAUUACUAUAGUA